UGUAACUCUAACAAACUUUUAUCUUGUAUAAAUUAACCAUGAAUAUACAAAGAGAACACUCUGAACUCCUACAUGACAAGAGAUCUAGGAGCAAAAGCAGCAUGCAUGGGCUUACACAGGAUAGCUAUUGCCAUUGAUAGAAUUCCACUAGCAGACAAUGGCAGGAAAAAAUGUAGUCAAUAAAACUGAUUUGGAUAGUUGUUCAGUACAGUGCUUUAUACUCCACCUCACUCACAAAAUUAAGUCACUCAAUCUAGAAAAUGAAAUCUGUUAUGGACUGAACACCAACCAUAAAAAACGUCUGAGAUGAUAAAACAGAAAUAUAGGGCACUGCAGGAGUCUUGGUUACAUACAGACUUGGUUUAUACCUUCAUUUUUUGAUGUAUGGUAAUAGUCAAGAGCAAGGUACUCACAAUUUCAGAAGUUUCUGAUAUCAGAGAAAUUAAAAGGGGAAAAAAAUAGGAAGCAAAGGUAACCCAGGGGUACUGAGACAAAAAAGGAGGUAAGGGGAAGAGUUCUAAACUAAUGGGUUUUCUGUCUUUUCCUUCUACCCUACACAAAAACUAAAAAAACCAAAACAAAACAAAAUAAAAAACAAAAAACAAAACAACAAAAAAAACCCAUCAGCAUGCACAUAAUCCAUUAUGGUAAUCCGUUUUGUACUUUAUCUUGGUUUUUAAGGAAUGGCUGCUCUUAGAAAAAAUCUAACUAUAGCUGGAUAUGAUCGCUGUUGUAAGACAUGCCUCCUCUGCUCUGUGUCACAGCUUCCCAAGCCCUAUGAGCCAACUCUGUUUGACACUUAUGUCACUGACACAGAGGUAGAUGGGAAAGAGACGGAACUAAUUCUCUUUGAUGUGGCAGGGAAGAAUAAAGUCAAUUACUGAAAUCUCUGCUCAGUGUUCUACAAGGACACCGAUGUUAUUUUAAUAUGGUCCUCUGGACCUGACUCCCAGCAACACAUGCUCUAUUUUGGGGUUCCAGAAAUCAAAGUGUUCUGCCCAGUACCUAUUAUUCUGGUGGCUACCAAGACUGAACUACGGGGUGGUGAGGGCAUUAAAAAGAAACUAACUACUCCAGGGAACAAGCCAAUUAACACUACAGAAAAAGCUUUAGCUGCCAGCAUUGGGGCAUAUGCUUACCUGGAGUGUUCUGCCAAGAUAAAAGAAGGUGUUGAUACAGCCCUGGAGAUUAUUAGUCAAUGUGCAUUAAAUGAGAAAAGGAGGAGAAAGAGGCACUACAGGCACUGCCAAAUUUUGUAAGAGGACUGAACAUGGUUUUGUUGCUGGAUUUCAUCAGGUGGCAAGGUAAGUAGAUGUCUUUGUUGCCAUUGUAUGGGUGCUAUAAGGCCUGUUUUUAUGUUAUAGGAUAAAAAAAAUCCCUGGUAUCUGCAAACUGUCAUACUGGAAAAGCUGGAUUUGUUUCCUUCUCCACCUCCAAAACAGACUGAAAAGCGCAAUUCCAGUUUUGAGCUGAGUACUGGUCUUGAGAAAUGGGAAUGGCCAAGCUACAGUUCUCCACAGAGGUUUUUUGAUGAGGGGAGAUAUACAUGGACUGGGACAGGAACUACAACAGCACUGUCACUACUGGGGCAAGCACAAGAACAUGUCGUUGAGUGAAUCUACUCCCAGCUUCCUGGUAGCAAGGCUUAGUGGCAAGCAGCUGUGCUGACAAGGUUUCCUAGUAUGCACUGCCUUCCCAGUGCUUCCUCGAAGGAUGUCCUCGGGGAAGGGUGUCACCACAUCCAUAUCCAAUAGUCUGCAAUGCUAACAGCAGUGGGUUCCUGACUGGCAGAACAGGUCUGACUUCCUCUAGAUUUAAUUCAUAGAGCUGGCCUGGGCCUGGUUCCAUAAAUGCAUCAGAAAUGCAAUGUAUAGCAUAGUGUACAAUGAAUGCAGUGCUAUCUCCGCCUCUUCUUCAGGCACAGGUAAAUAAACCGGGGUUAAACAUCCUGGAUCUGGGGUAGAAUAACCCAGUUCUUGAUAGAAUUGCUACCUUAAAAGUAGAUAAGUAAAAAGACCAGACUUCAGUUUCUAAACCUCUUUGUCCUUAUGGUCUGAAUGUAUCUUAAUUCUUUCUGUCUUUCUUUAGCACUCGC